AUGAACUCGUUUUCACGGUUUUCCUCCCAAUUCGAUUCCAGUAUUUCGCGAAAUCAAUCUAGGAAGUUGUCUUCCACGUCCCGACCAUGCACUCACGCCGCUAAAACAUUUGAAACUGUAAACCAUCCAUGGCUCUCUCACUCUCUCUCUUUCUCUUUCUCUCUCUCUCUCUCUCUCUCUCUCUAUCUAUCUAUCUAUCUAUCUAUCCCAUCUCUUUCUUACCCUUUCUCUCUCUAUCUCUUCCUAAAAGAAAAUAGAAAACCCUAUAUUUUGAUAUACCAGAUAUUAUUUUCUGAUUUUCUGUCAUUCCAUGCUAUGUUUGAUGAAAUCUACUUCAAGCAUAUUCUUCUUCUUCUUCUUCUUCUUCUUCUUCUUCUUCUUCUUCUUCUUCUUCUUCUAUAUGCCAUGUCACUUCAGAACCUCCUAGUAAAGUUUUUCAUUUUGCACUCACUCUCACUCUCCUCUCUCUCUCUCUCUCUCUCUCUCUCUCUCUCUCUCUCUCUCUCAAUCAUUUUCUAUCCCAGUGUCUCUUCUGUCAUUUCUUUACACAAGCUCUCGGUGUCUCUUCUGUCAUCUCUUCACAGAACAUCUCAGUCUCUUUUCUGUCAUCUCUUUGCACAAGCUCUCAGUGUCUCUUCUGUCAUCUCUUUACACGACAUCUCAGUCUCUUUUCUGUCAUCUCUUUACACAACAUCUCAGUCUCUUUUCUGUCAACUCAUUGAACAACAUCUCAGUGUCUUUUCUGUCAUCUCGUUUACACAAGCUCCCAGUGUCUCUUCAGUCAUUUCUUUACACAAGCUCUCAGUCUCUUUUCUGUCAUCUCUUUACGCAAGCUCUCAGUGUCUCUUCUGUCAACUUUUUACACAAUAUCUCAGUAUCUUUUCUGUUAUCUCUUUACACAAGCUCUCAAUGUCUCUUCUGUCAUCCCUUUACACAUGCUCUCGGUCUCUCUUCUUUUUUUCUAUAUUAUCUUUUUCUUUCAUUCCACUUCUUUAUCUUUUCAUUUGUGAGUUUUUCACAGCAAAAUCAUGA